CGCUGGCGGACUCACGUCACCCGAGCUGGUGCUCUCCUCCAGCCCCUGGGGAAUUGGAGCUGAGGAGGAGCUGAAAAUGCAGAUUUAGCAUCAAGCACAGACCUACACUCGCUCUUUCUCUCCGGUACACACAGCUCCCCACAUUCGCACCCCUGCCCGCGCGCCGGGCCGCCUGACUGCACGGCUUCCCCUCUAGCCAGAUGCUGGAGAACACACACUGAUUCGCUGCUUUCCAAGACCCUAUUCAGUCUCUUUCUCUACAAAGAUUUUUUUAAAACUAUAUAUAUAUAUAUUUUUUUUUUUUGCACCCUUCCUCCGAGUCCCCUGCUCCGCCAGCCUGCGCGCCUCCUAGCACCACUUUUCACUCCCAAAGAAGGAUGAAGGGUGGUUGUGUCUCCCAGUGGAAGGCGGCCGCCGGGUUCCUCUUCUGUGUCAUGGUUUUUGCAUCUGCUGAGCGACCGGUCUUCACGAAUCAUUUUCUUGUGGAGUUGCAUAAAGGGGGAGAGGACGAAGCUCGCCAAGUUGCAGCAGAACACGGCUUUGGAGUCCGAAAGCUUCCCUUUGCUGAAGGUCUGUACCACUUUUAUCACAAUGGCCUUGCAAAGGCCAAGAGAAGACGCAGCCUACACCACAAGCAGCAGCUGGAGAGAGACCCUAGGGUAAAGAUGGCUUUACAGCAGGAAGGAUUUGACCGAAAAAAGCGAGGUUACAGAGACAUCAAUGAGAUCGACAUCAACAUGAACGAUCCUCUUUUUACAAAGCAAUGGUAUCUGAUCAAUACUGGCCAAGCCGAUGGCACUCCUGGCCUUGAUUUGAAUGUGGCUGAAGCCUGGGAGCUGGGAUACACAGGGAAGGGUGUUACCAUUGGAAUUAUGGAUGAUGGGAUUGACUAUCUCCACCCGGACCUGGCCUCCAACUAUAAUGCCGAAGCAAGUUACGACUUCAGUAGCAACGACCCCUAUCCUUACCCUCGGUACACAGACGACUGGUUUAACAGCCAUGGGACCCGAUGUGCAGGAGAAGUUUCUGCUGCCGCCAACAACAAUAUCUGUGGGGUCGGAGUAGCAUACAACUCCAAGGUUGCAGGCAUCCGGAUGCUGGACCAGCCGUUCAUGACGGACAUCAUCGAGGCCUCCUCCAUCAGCCACAUGCCGCAGCUGAUCGACAUCUACAGCGCCAGCUGGGGCCCCACAGACAACGGCAAGACAGUGGAUGGGCCCCGGGAGCUCACGCUGCAGGCCAUGGCCGAUGGCGUGAACAAGGGCCGCGGCGGCAAAGGCAGCAUCUAUGUGUGGGCCUCCGGGGACGGCGGCAGCUAUGAUGACUGCAACUGCGACGGCUACGCCUCCAGCAUGUGGACCAUCUCCAUCAACUCAGCCAUCAACGACGGCAGGACCGCCCUGUAUGACGAGAGCUGCUCUUCCACCCUGGCUUCCACCUUCAGCAACGGGAGGAAAAGGAACCCCGAGGCCGGUGUGGCAACCACAGAUUUGUACGGCAACUGCACUCUGAGGCAUUCUGGGACAUCUGCAGCUGCCCCCGAGGCAGCUGGCGUGUUUGCACUGGCUCUGGAGGCUAACCUGGGUCUGACCUGGCGGGACAUGCAGCAUCUGACUGUGCUCACCUCCAAACGGAACCAGCUUCACGACGAAGUUCAUCAGUGGCGGCGCAACGGGGUCGGCCUGGAAUUUAAUCACCUCUUUGGCUACGGGGUCCUUGAUGCAGGCGCCAUGGUGAAAAUGGCUAAAGACUGGAAAACCGUGCCCGAGAGAUUCCACUGUGUGGGAGGCUCCGUGCAGGACCCUGAGAAAAUACCAUCCACUGGCAAGUUGGUGCUGACACUCACAACCGAUGCCUGUGAGGGGAAGGAAAAUUUUGUCCGCUACCUGGAGCAUGUCCAGGCUGUCAUCACGGUCAACGCGACCAGGAGAGGAGACCUGAACAUCAACAUGACUUCCCCUAUGGGCACCAAGUCCAUUUUGCUGAGCCGGCGUCCGAGGGAUGACGACUCCAAGGUGGGCUUUGACAAGUGGCCUUUCAUGACCACCCACACGUGGGGGGAAGAUGCUCGAGGCACCUGGACCCUGGAGCUGGGGUUUGUCGGCAGUGCCCCGCAGAAGGGGGUGCUGAAGGAGUGGACCCUGAUGCUGCAUGGCACUCAGAGUGCCCCGUACAUCGACCAGGUGGUGCGGGAUUACCAGUCCAAGCUGGCCAUGUCCAAGAAAGAGGAGCUGGAGGAAGAGCUGGACGAAGCCGUGGAGAGAAGCCUGAAAAGCAUCCUUAACAAGAACUAGCGCUGCACAUCCGCCUUUCCCGCCGCCCUCCCUCCCUGGCUCCGCCUCUGUCCUCGCUCCACGUUUCAGGCAGGCACCUAGCGAUUCCAUCACCCAUACAGGGAAUUCCAUCUUCUUAAUCCGAAGCUUCGCUCACUGUCAAUGAUUAUUUUCAUUACAAUGGAAACAAUCUUUUUUACUCUAUGCCCCAAAUAUAGCGUUCCCAACAACAUCCAUGUCCUAUGUGUGACUCUAAAUUCUUUCUGUCAUUCAGAUGGGUGAUAUCCUGAAAAAAAAAAAAACAAAAAACAAAAAAACAAAAAAAUGGGACAGCUUUCCCCUCAAUUUUUUUUUUUUAUUUCUGAGAAGAGAAAAGAACCCAUUUUAAAAGCCACAUACAGUGACUCCAAGAACGAUUGUCCAUGGUCUCAAAUGAGGGGCUGUUAUGUAACAAGAAAAUCAAAGCUGAGGCCAGAGGGUAAGCGCCACAUCUCUGAAAGCACAGGAGACACGGUGCUUUAAAUCCUUUGGGGAGCGAUGUUUUGAAUUUAGUGAGAUUUGCCAGGGGUGUAGAUUAAGGUGGGGUGAUUCAAAAGAUGCCAUUCAUUGACAGCCCUAGUUACUGCAUGGGGAAAGAGAUCCAGGUAGCAUGAGGGCUGGAUAUUUUACUACCAACGCCAAGAUAAUUCACUCUACUCAGCCAGCAUGGCGAAUAUAAAACUUACGGAGCGUGGCUGUGCGCUCACCAGCUGCUGCUCUGAGUUAUGUUAAAUCCGCUAGAGCAGCCCAAAUUUUUCUCAGUUUGUAUACAGUUCAUCCCAGCCCCAAUUUUCUGGGGCUCCUCACAUCCAAAAGAGAAGAAAAAUUAAGACAAGCCUGGCAACACAUCUGGUGAAGAGUAGUUUACUAGCUUUUCAAACAAGAAUGUCCCGUUUCCUAAGUCACUUCGAGGUUUCUUAAUCUGACCUGAGUGAGAGGCGAGAGGAGUAUUUUUUUUUUUUUACAGCUUUAUAUACAUAGACGUGGGCUUUGAUUUCCAAAUAAUAUAAUGGAAGAGAAAUCUCAUACUCCCCCACAGUUUGAUGUCAUUAAUGUGUUGGGAAAAAGGCCUCUGUCCUGGAAGAGUCAUGGGAGGUUAAAGGGGCACGUUUGAAGAUGCGAGCGCUAUCUUCACAUAGGUUUCCGGUUGUAUGGAGCCUCUUCUGCCAAGAGAGGACCAUGCAAUUCAUCCCAGAGGAACCUGAGGCCUGAAGGAGGCGAGAGAAGACCUCUGUUAGGAAAGCACACAGUUAUCUUCUCGGCAACUAAGCAAUCCAUGAGACCAUUUAACACGCAACCCAAAGGUUACGGUCAAUCCCAAAAGUCACCACUUUAUUCCCAACUAGACAUUAUUAGACUAGACCUCAGGUCACUUUGUUUACCUACUCAGAGAUUGGCUUCUCAUCCCCAGUCCCAGUGCACACCCAUUCCCAAGAAAUGCUUUGUCUUCAGCCUCUCCAGGUACCAUCUCCCUUCCUGUGGGAGCACAGAGCUUAGGCUGGAGCACCUCUCCUUCAAGCCAGCAACACAGAGCACUAGGUUCAAUUCCCUGAAGGUGGCCACUUUAAGAGAGAAACCUGAAAACCCCAUUUGCUUUCUUUUCUCCCAUAUUGGCAUGGAUUUCUGUCUUCUCUAACACCUUGUGACCUUCUCUAUAUCAUGCUUUAAAGUGUAAUAAUAUGAUUUUUUAAAAGAAAUUUAUUACUUGUUGCAAAGGUCUUUUUAAACCAGUUUAGAUUUCAAGAAAAAAAUAAAUGGAAAUCAUUGAAAAUUCAUUUCACAUUAAUGGUCUGAAAAUAAACCAAAGGACAUUAUGUGUGCAUGUGUGUAUAAGUGCACACAGAAAUAUAUAUACAUAUGUAGACUAUAUACAUGUGUGUAUAUAUGUGUAUAUAUGCAUACACUUGUAUAAAUGUAUAUACACAUAUACCUAUAAUGUGUGUAUGUGUAUUUAUUGAAGAAACAGAUGCCAUAUUCAUCUCUAAAAUAAUAUUCAGAGAAUAUCAAGAUGAUUCUGGCUGAAGAAAAAGGCCAGUGGAAAUUCAGGUGAAAAUAUUCAUCGAUUCCCAUUGCAUCACCUCUGUAAUUUUGCAGCUCUCUGUAUAAACAUUAAAUGUCUUAUAUAGCAGCAAAAAUAUAAAAUAGUUGUCCAUAUUUUCACAGGUGUGGUGUAAUUUAUAAAAUUAGAAAGCAACAUAUCAGCUUCUCAAGAGAAAUGGCAAGUUUUGAUAUGAGUAUACAAUAUAUAAAAAUAUAUAUAGUGCUAUAUAUAAAUAUUUGGUCUCUAUUUCAUUUUUUGCAUCAGUAUUAACACUAAAAUAUGUCUCACUAGUGAUGUUUUUAUGAUAUCCCUGAUCCUAACUCAAGAGACAGUUAUUUAUAGUCAUUUAUUUUAAAAAAUGAAAAUAAGUGAAUAAUGAUUAACUAGGUUAACAUUGUUGCUCCCUGUGACAAAAUUGUAUAAGUAAAUUUCAAAAGACAUGUUGUAAAUUAGGAGGCUCAACAAUAAAACAUUACCUUCCAGAAA